AUGGAUUUUAUCGAUCCGUUAGGGACUUGUUUUGGUCCUCAACUGGAGAGUUACAAAAGAACUGGAUACUACUACGACACUGGAACCAACUCUGAUGAAGUUUCGGUCUCGAAGGAGUGCAGGAUCAAUCUGGCUAAGAUGUGGGACUGCUCGUUGUGUUCCGGUGAACCACAGGCAAAGCCCUGUUCGGGUCUCUGCACGAAUGUCAUGAAAGGAUGUCUAGCUGAUUGGGCUGAAGUUUCGGUCUCGAAGGAGUGCAGGAUCAAUCUGGCUAAGAUGUGGGACUGCUCGUUGUGUUCCGGUGAACCACAGGCAAAGCCCUGUUCGGGUCUCUGCACGAAUGUCAUGAAAGGAUGUCUAGCUGAUUGGGCUGAAGUUGGAUCAACAGUGGAAUUCUAUGCAAUGGUGAAAAUGUCAGCUCGUCUCCGAGGACCGCAAAACCUUCACCAAGCUCUACAACCAUUACCAGUUCAGCUCAGCGAAGCCGUCAUGGAAAUGCAAGAACGAAGCGUGACCGUUUCUAACAAGGUGGGUUUCAGCUCCUUCUGGAUGGUUUUAUUGAUCGAUAUUGACUGA